CCCCCUCCCUUCUUCCUCGCCGGGUUGCCCGGCAAGCGGCUCCACUCGGCCGCCGUCGUCCUCCGUGGGUCGCCGCGGUGCUUUUUCGUGACGUGGAAGUGGAACCCGAACAGCCGAACCGGGAGAUGUGGGGACUGAGGACGUGCGUGGUGCUCGUGCUGCUUCAUUGCUCGGCACUGGCAGCAUACGAAUGCGACUCGAGUCAGUUCAAGUGCGCCAACGGCCGCUGCGUCACGCGCCGAUGGGUUUGCGACGGCUCCGACGACUGCGGCGACGGGAGCGACGAGCUCGCUGAAAGCUGCCGGGCCCGACAGUGCCUGGGGUCGGAGAUGAGCUGCGGCGCCCCCCAGCAUCAAUGCGUGCCGCGGAGCUGGCACUGCGACGGCAAGGCCGACUGUCAAAACGCCGCCGACGAGCAAAACUGCACGGCGAAGGAGUGCGCAUCCCGAGAGUUUCGCUGCGGCGGCGGUCAAUGCAUCUCCGCGGACUUCGUGUGCGACGGCGACAGGGACUGCCCGGACGGCUCGGACGAGGCCUCCUGCCCCGAACCCACCUGCGGCCCGCGGUUUUUCCAGUGCAACGACUCCAAAUGCGUGGCCGAUCGCUGGCGCUGCGACGGCGACGCCGACUGCGCCGACGGCUCUGACGAGUGGCCCGACAACUGCGCGGAUAAGCCGACCCCCGCCCCCCCGGCGACCUGCGGGGUCCGGGAUUUCCGGUGCGCCGACGGCAUUUGCAUCCACGGGAGGUGGCGCUGCGACGGACAAAAUGACUGCGACGACGGGUCGGAUGAAAUCAACUGCGCUGCGCCAAAGUGUCGCCUUGAUCAGUUCUCGUGCGGCGACGGCACGUGCGUCCACGGCAGCGCUUCCUGCAACAACGUGAGCGACUGCCCGGACUCCAGCGACGAGAUCGGCUGCCAACCAGAAAUAACGUGCGACGGCCCCACGCAAUUCAAGUGCGGCAGCGGCGAGUGCAUCAGCACGGCCAAGGUGUGCGACAAGCGGCGAGACUGUCGGGACAAUUCCGAUGAACCGGCGGGACAGUGUGACAAGAACGAGUGCUCGAUCGGGAACGGCGGCUGCUCCCACGAUUGCGUUGAUCACAAACUGGGCUACAGCUGCUCCUGCCCUCCCGGGUACGGACUGAAGGCGGACGAAAGAAACUGUGAAGACGUCGACGAAUGUGCCGAGCCGGACGUCUGCAGUCAGCUUUGCGUCAAUGAGCCCGGAGGCUACAAGUGCGAUUGUAAAGAAGGCUACGAGGUGGACCCGGCCAGCCAGACUUGCAAAGCCGUGUUCGGGGCCAGGCCCACGCUUUACUUCACCAACAAGCACGACGUGAGGAUGGUGACGUCGGACCGCCGCGAGUACGCGUCUGUGAUGAGCGAGCUGAAGAACGCCGUCGCCCUGGACAUGGACAUGCCCAACAAGAUCAUCUUCUGGUCGGACCUUUCUGACAAGAAAAUCUACAGCCGCAAGAUCGACGAGGCUGCCAACUCCUCCCGGGCGGCCGUGGUGAUCGGAGAUGGGAUCGAGACCCCGGAGGGCCUGGCCGUGGACUGGAUCCACGGCAACAUCUACUGGACCGACGGUUCUUUGCGGACUAUCUCCGUGGCGACGACGGACGGCCACAAAAGGAAGACGCUGAUCGCGGACAAUCUCGACAAGCCGAGAGGCAUCGCGGUGGAUCCCGUCAACAACUUCAUGUACUGGAGCGACUGGGGCGACGAGGCCAAGAUAGAAAAGAGCGGCUUGAACGGAGCCGACCGUUUCGCCUUGGUAACCGACAACAUCGUGUGGCCGAACGGGAUCUCCCUCGACAUGGUCAACCAGCGCCUCUACUGGGUGGACUCCAAGCUACGCACGCUGUCCAGUGUGGACUUGAACGGAGGAAGCAGACACACCCUCAUUUUCGGCGAAGAGAAACUCUCGCAUCCUGUUUCUCUGACUGUGUUUGAGGAUGAAGUCUUUUGGACGGACGCGGGCAAACGCGCCGUUUUCAGCGCCGACCGGAAGACGGGAGAAAGCAUCGCGUCGCUUGCCGACGACCUGGACCAGCCAGAGGACAUCGUGCUCUACCACGACCUCAAGCAACCCAGCGGUUCCAACUGGUGCACCGAGGCGGACGGUCCGAACGGAGGCUGCGAGUUCCUGUGCCUUCCUGCUCCCGUCAUCAGCCGCAGCUCUCCCAAAUACACUUGCGCCUGCCCCGACAGCGUCGGCAUGGCGCCCGACAUGAGGAAAUGUGCGACAGCGCCUCCCGCCGUAAGCGACGAGAGCGAGCCGGAGGAAAGCGGACGUCCGGCAAAGAGCAGCACAACCGCUGAAACCACCACCACGACCUCCGGCGUUGGGCCGCAGAAGCCCGACGCCCUCCCCAGACUUCAGGCUUCUGCUCCCGCUCAUGUAAACAGAGAUGCAGACGAGCCCGCAGAGGCGGAGACGUCCCGCACUGCUGCCUUGCACAUCGCGAUUCCAAUUGUGGCCAUGAUCUUGUUGGUAUUUGGAGCGGCGUUGCUCUGGCGGCACUGGCGAAUCCGGAGAGCUCACACCAUGCACUUUGCCAACCCCGUGUACCAGAAGACCACCGAGGACGAGGAGCUGAGCUGCAGGAACUCUGACGGCUACGUCCACCUCCAGAUGCAAAUGGCGAGUGCGGAGGACAUCGAAACUGCAUGACCCCAACAUGCCAAAGACAUUCAGUUUGAUUUCGUUUAUUUUCCACACCAAGAAUGAAGGCAAUUUUUUUUUUUUUUUUUUUACCUCGGCUCCAUCCAAAGAAGCACCGGACGUGACGUGUCUGGAUUAUUGCACAUCUUUUUGUGACUGUCUGAAUGUAAAGCGAAGCUUUUUUUGUAACUUUUUUUUUUCAUCACAUUUCUUCUUAGCCGGCCGGUGUUGGGAUCCCGCUCCAAUCAUUCGGGAGCGCUGAUCCGAAAACCAAUCCAAUCGGUGACGUCCGGAAACGAGCGUGCUGGAAGUUGAAAUUAAUUUCCAUCAACUACCUUUUUGAUCCUCAAACCAGUUACUGCUGUAUGGUUCGUGGCAUCUGGAAGCGUUUUUAUGUUUUUAAUUGAAUUAAAUUAUAUUUAUUCCCAGUCAGGACAAGCAUCGGGGAUGUUUGAGGUUUCAAAGAAUUGAUAAAAAUGUCUUCUCCGGAGAAAGUCGCUAGCACGCUGCUUUGUGAGGAGUUAUUUUCUCGUCAAAUGGAGGCCAAUCAAAUAUUCGGUAUUUAAAGGCGAUCCAAGGCUAUUACUGGCUAACCCCUUUCCAAUAAUUGUUAGCAUAAGCCGGCAAUGUCUAAAACUGUCUUGUUAUUUAAAUAUAAAAUGUGUGCACCUGUUUUAUUUUUUGCUUUCAGCAUUACAGUCAACAUUUAGCAUUUCUCUUCUUAAAAAACACGCCCGAGGAGGGCCGAAGAACGGCAAGCGUCGCACGAUGCGUUCAGGGUGCGUUCACAACAUAGGAACCGCGGAUGAAUAAUGAUGAGGAUGUCUUUAUGAUCGCGACAAGUCAAAAUCAGAAUGACGAUUACAUUUUUCCAAUAAUCCAAUAAAUAGCAAAAAGAGGCGCUUUACGUCCAAAAUGUUCAAGCUGCUAAAUUUGCCGUUAACCAAAAAAAUGCAUGUCAACAAUUUUGUCAGACUUUGUGUGUGUGUUGCUUCGGGAAAUGUUGUAAAUUUCCAUGUUUAUUUAUUCAUGGGGCGAAUAUCGAAGAUUUUGAUUGGUGUGGUAUCAAAGUAAAAGCCCAAUCGGACUCCGAUCUCGGACAUAUUUUGAGUUAAAGUGCUUUUUAUUUGUUGAGGAGUGGGAGAAUAUUCUUUGAAGAUGUAUUUUACAAUUGUCAUUUCCACAUUUUGGAAAAUUGGAAGGUGUGCAGUAUUUUGCAUCAAUCAACUUACCAUCGCCAAAAUCUUUUCUUCCUGUAUCACGAAAUUAGUUAUUUUGGACAAAGAAUGUUGUCAAAAUGUCCCCCCCCCCCAAAAAAAAAAGAGCAAAAGAUAAUUUUUUUAUAUUAUUUUUUUGCAAGUUUUUAAAGUGUUUGGGUUCCAGGCAGAAGCUAAAUAUUUAACAAACAAACCUGAACUCAAAAUGUGUCGGACGCGAUCGCAGCAUAUUUAAACAUCUUCUUCUUCUUCAUCAAACUGUGCAGCUAUUAUUAUUUAAUGUGUUCAAAACUGUGUUCUCUAGAGUGUGCAGACUUUUAUUGUUGGUGGGGUAGAUGACAAUUAUAUGAUUUAUUUUGGAUUUUGUUUUUUUUUUUUUCUCCCUCCUACUGUGAAAAGUGAGGCACGUGUGUGCUAACGCGUGAAGCGGAAAUGUGUCGGAUCGUUUUGUUGGUAUUUUUUUGGAAUAAAAACAAAAAAUUCACUGAA